AUGGGCGAUUUGGGGUCGGCGCUGGAGCAUGCGGGCGGCACAGGCAAGAACAAGGAAGGCAUUUCGAUCGGGACUUUUCUCGCAUCCCUUGCCACUGCCCUCGUCGUCUUCGCAAUUGAAUUUCUCCUCUUCAUGCUUCUCAAAGGGAAGCUGACCCGCAUCUACCAACCGAGAACAUACUUGGUACCUGACAGAGAACGUACUCAACCUUCCCCACCAGGACUUUUCCGAUGGAUCGGUCCUGUCUUUCGCACCUCAAGUUCAGAAUUCAUACAGAAGUGCGGCCUGGAUGCCUACUUCUUCCUACGAUACCUGCGCAUGCUACUAAAGAUCUUUCUGCCCUUGGGCUGUCUUUUACUACCCGUCCUGAUUCCGCUAAACAAAGUCGGCGGUAAAGAUACGAACUUCAAGAAUGGAACCGACGAAGGCGGCGGUCGGUGGAAUGUCACUGGACUGGAUCAAUUAGCGUGGGGUAAUGUGACCCCCGAGCAUACAUCGCGAUACUGGGCACAUUUAGUCAUGGCGGUUAUCGUCAUUUUCUAUGUCUGCGCAGUCUUCUUCGACGAGCUGAGACACUACAUUCGUCUUCGACAGGCGUACCUAACUUCACCCCAGCAUCGACUUCGUGCUUCUGCCACCACUGUUCUGGUGACUGCCAUUCCAGAAGGCUGGCUCUCGGUGAGAGCGCUAGAACAACUAUAUGAUGUCUUCCCAGGGGGCAUUCGGAACAUUUGGAUCAACCGCAAUUUCGACGAUCUGCACGAAAAGGUGAAGGAGCGAGACAAGCUGGCCUUGAAGCUCGAGGCUGCAGAAACCGAGUUGAUCAUGAAAUGCAAGAAGGCCCAGCUCAAACAAACCAAGGCUGCCGCGAAAAAGGCCGGGCUUGACCCAAACUCAGUGGAGACUCAAGAAAGAAAGGCCGCUGAGAGGAAGGCAUCGCAGUUAGCCAUGGACGCUGGCAUUAGCUCCGGAAACCCGCAUCAAGCCCACACGUUGGAUCAGAUCCUACAUCGCAAUACAGGAGAGAGUAUUCAAGAGGAGCCUAGGAAGAAGAAACUGCUCUUCAACCCCUUGGAUCCCGCGCUAGAAGCAGCAGGUGCUGUUGGCCAAGGCGUGGAAAAACUGGGAAAGUCUGUUCUGGGAGGUUUCCGAAAAUGGGAGCAUGGUAUUGACGAUAAGUUGACUCGAACUGGAGGGUUCGUACCUGAGAGCAGCGGUGCUGCUUACAAUGGCCACGUUGCUCCACCUGCCAGCCAUGCCAGCCGUGAGGACCCCUUGUCUUGGUCAGGAGAUAUUCAUGACAAACCUGAAACACUCCACGAGAACGAGGCGGAUGUAGCGGAGAUCAGGCCCGAAGCCUCUAGGCCCGAGCCAUCGAGGCCCGGAACCUCUUCUCAUCCGAAGCGGCCAGUCUGGAAAAGUCGGGGCUCCGGCAACUCUAAAUUUAGCAAGAGGAGCAACACUUCUGAGCCCGAUGAACUUCCGUUAACAGCCCCCGAGUCGCCUGUUGAGCGGGCAUCGAGCUCUGAGUCCGACAGAAGCCAGUCGUUGAAGGAGAAACGUACCGAAGAUUCAGUUCCUCAUGGAAAAGAGGGGGAUGAAGUGGAGGGACAUGAAUAUCCACUGGCUUACAAUGAGGGCUAUGAUAACGAAGACUUUGGAGAGCCAGUUUGGAAAAAAUACAUUCAAGAAAAGAAGCGCCCGACCAUGCGGCUGCCAAUCUUCAGCUGGAUGCCAUCUCUGUGGCUUAUAGGCAAAAAGGUCGACACUAUUGACUACUGCCGCAAAGAGCUGGCUCGGCUGAAUUUGGAGAUUGAGAUUGACCAGCAGCAUCCCGAGCGAUUCCCUCUCAUGAACUCCGCCUUCAUCCAGUUCAAUCACCAGGUGGCGGCUCAUAUGGCAUGUCAGGCCGUCAGCCACCAUGUUCCCAAGCAAAUGGCGCCUCGCAUUGUUGAGAUUUCGCCGGACGAUGUCAUCUGGGAUAACAUGUCAAUGAAAUGGUGGGAACGGUAUCUGAGGACAUUCGGAAUUAUCACUCUGGUUUGCGCCAUGGUUGUAGGAUGGGCAAUUCCCGUUGCCUUCACGGGUCUUCUCUCGCAGCUAACAUACCUCGAAGAAGCUUUUACUUGGCUGUCCUGGAUUUCCAAGUUACCAGCUUGGGUCAUCUCGGCAGUACAGGGUGUCUUACCUGCACUCUUUCUUGCAAUUCUCAUGGCAAUCUUGCCUCUUAUCCUACGCUUUCUCAGUCGGACCCAAGGUCUUCACACUGGUAUGGCGGUCGAACUAACGGUCCAGGCCUAUUACUUUGCGUUCUUAUUUGUGCAACUGUUCCUGGUCGUCACUAUUUCGUCCAGUUUCUCGACUAUCAUCAGUAACGUCACCGAUGUCACCAGCUGGCCAGAACUUCUAGCACAGAACAUUCCCUCGUCCAGUAACUACUUCUUCUCAUACAUGAUUCUACAGGCCAUGUCUGUGAGUGCGGGAGCAUUGGUUCAGAUCGUCAAUCUGAUAAGCUGGUUCAUUCUCGCGCCGAUUUUCGAUAAGACAGCCAGAAAGAAGUGGGCGCGUACAACCAACCUGAAUCAGAUGCAAUGGGGCACUUUCUUCCCCGUUUACACUACCCUUGCUUCAAUCGGCUUGAUUUACUGUGUCGUUGCGCCCCUCAUUCUGGUCUUCAAUGUUAUCACAUUCGGUCUUUUCUGGUUUGUCUACAGAUACAAUACUCUCUACGUGACCAAGUUCCGCUUCGACACGGGAGGUCUGCUUUUCCCGCGGGCAGUUAGCCAGUUGUUCACCGGUCUGUACAUUAUGGAGCUUGCUCUUAUUGGCUUGUUCUUCUUGGUUCGCGACGAGAAUGGGGAUGUCGCAUGCGAAGGUCAAGCGAUCGUCAUGAUUGUGGUUUUGAUUCUCACCGUAGGGUUUCAGCUUCUUCUAAGUGAUGCUUUUGGCCCUCUGAUCCGUUAUCUGCCUAUCACUUUGGAGGAUGAUGCCGUGCGUCGUGAUGAAGAAUUUGCGCGGGCUCAAAGGGCACGAUUGGGUUUACACGAGGAUGAAGAUUAUGAUCAUCUGCCAGAUGCCGUCGAUCAUCCGUUAGGCGAUCAAGAAGAGGCGCAACGACAACGGGAAGCGAGUUCUCAGAACAUCGAAUUGAAGAAUCUCGACUCGUCUCCCGAAAGAGACCACAAACACCACGGUCUACACAUCCAGAAACCCAAACUUGGACCGCAUCGUGGGUCGUGGGCUGAUCGCUCUCCGGACCGCCGAUCCAAGUUCUACGGCGUCAACUCGGAGAUGGCGGUUCCUAGCAUUGAGCGGUUGCGGGAGAAGAUCGCUCUCGACGCCGAAAACCAAGCUCCUCCCGCGCGCAACAUGGGCCCAGCCUUGUUCUCCGGCAUUCACGACGAGUUAGAGGAUCUUACACCGGAGGAGCGCGACCAGCUCACUCAACGAGCCUUCCAGCACGAAGCUUUACGCGCGAAGCGACCCGUGAUCUGGAUUCCUCGAGACGACCUGGGCGUUAGUGAUGAUGAGAUUUAUCGGACCCAGCGAUUCAGCAAACAUAUCUGGAUCAGUAACGAGUACCAAGCACUGGAUGGCAAGAGCCACACAAUCUUCAGCCGCAGUCCGCCCGACUUCUCUGAGGUUGACCUCAUUCAGCUAUAG